UUCACGGGUAGGGCAAUGAUCAUUCCCCUGGCUCAUCUAAUAAUAACCCACCCGCUCCGUGAAUACGAGCUAAGCAUAAUUCUUAAUGCUAAGAACCCAUGCGAUAAUAACAUGACGCACAGAGCAGUCGGAUGUUUCGGCAUGCAAGUCCACUGCCUGCACUGCUGGGCUGCAUUUUCCUUGCAUUUGCAUUUGCUGAUCUUGACAACCCCGCAGAAAUAUCACGAGGCCAGAGUUUCUCCGGGCAAGACGAUGGAUCAUACUUCGUAUAGGUGAUAUUAGGGCGCAGCUAGUGCACAGAACUUCGUAUCCUAUUCGAGAAGCCCAGAGGUCAGAUCCCAAUUCUCACAUAAUAUAAAGGGAUAUAUUUACCCAGCUCCAAUUCACUUCAAUCAUCUCAUCUCAUCUCAUCAUUCACUCUCAAUCUUCUACAUCAUCACAACUCCUCACAUCUCAAACCUUCUCAUACCAAACCUUAAACCGUCACCAUGAAGUUCGCUGCUUUCACCGCCCUCGCCGCCGUCUUCGGCUCUGCUGCUGCUGCCAACAAGGCCAAUGUCAUCAACGACUGCACCAACACCAUCUACGUCCAGUCCUUCCCCUACGGCGGCGGUGCUCCCGGUCCCUUGACCACCGUCAAGCCCGGCCAGCGAUUCUCUGAGGAUCUCCGUGCCUCUGGUUCUACCAUCAAGAUCGCCACCACCCGAACUCUCACCAAGCCUCUCUUCUUCGGCUACUCUUCCGAGUCUCAGCCCAACAACGUUUACUACGAGUUCAGCACUGAGUUCGGCAACCCCUUCGCUGACAAGCACAACAUCUUGAGCCCUGGUGAGGGUUGCGAGAAGUUCGACUGCAAGGCCAACGAUGCCAAGUGCUACAGCACCCCCAGCAUGAAGAAGGUCUACGGCUGCCCCAGCCCCGUCAACCUGUACGCCAAGGUCUGCGCCAAGUAAAUUGGCAGCCUUGUCAUCAGCUUUGCUUCCAGUGGCAUUUAAUAAGACCAGAUCAAUGAUUGUUGGCCUGGUUUCAUGGUCCAAUAUACUGGGUUAAUACUUCUUCGUUACAUACAUUAUUAAGCGGCUUCGGAGUCUUUUAGACAGAGUACUUCCCUUAGAUCGGAAGACCAAUACAUAUCAUUAUCUCCAAUCAGUCUUGCAUUUGCUUGUUUUUUCCGUCGCCGCUCAAUGCUAUCCACGUAGCCAUGAUGUACCAGUAACAUUUACCCCACUGAUUAGUAGUUAGUCAUAAAUAGAAUGAUAGUCAUCUCAUCCUUGCAGAAUGGCAGAUGGCGUGAGGGAAACUGAUGGACUACCUCAAGUCUCGUGACGUCGGGUUACCUGCGCCUUAAAGAUGGUUAUAUAAUCAUCAUCAUCAUCUGGAUGGUUUGGCUUAGUUGAGAAUUUCCAGUGCAUUGGCUAUAGCCAAGCGACAAUCUCGUUGGGCGCACCUAGGGCGCCUGACUUAUAUCUUGUGAAGUUCAGUUUGAGAAAGUGUCCGAUUAGAAGACAGAAAAGAAGGUCAUGACUAGAGGAUGACAAGCUCUCUAAUUGACAUAAUAGCUUUAAGCUGUAACCUCCAAGAUUGAGUAUAUGCCGAGUUAGUACUAAGAGGCCCCCGUUCGCAACCAUGCUGCAUGCAACGUAUUCCAUAGAACAUUCAUGGGAUGCUUACCACAGUUGGAAAUUCUGGGAUUUUGUCUGUCGGGAUUGCACUCCAGCAAAUAUAUAUAAUGAUGGGGAUGUCUAUACUUUGAGCAGGGCGAUGAGCAGUUGGUGAGCAUCCAUAUCUACUCGAGGCUCAUUUACAC